AUGCUAGAUACGGGACCCCCAGCGCCACCUCAAUCCAUUUUACAUAACUUUUCGGCCUCAGGAUACACCGCUGCCGAUGAUUGCCCCGAUGAGCUCUUGCUAGCUGCUCUCGAAAAGAGCGGUAACCAAGCGUCCACCGCGGUGGGCGUCCCGCAAGCACCGUUCAACAAUGAGCGUAUCAACGAGACAGCGCUCGAGUUUCCGCUUUGCGCACGGGACGAGCGUCCCGCAGCCGUCCCGCAAGCACCGUUCAACAAUGAGCGUAUCAACGAGACAGCGCUCGAGUUUCCGCUUUGCGCACGGGACGAGCGUCCCGCAGCCGUCCCGCAAGCACCGUUCAACAAUGAGCGUAUCAACGAGACAGCGCUCGAGUUUCCGCUUUGCGCACGGGACGAGCGUCCCGCAGCCGUCCCGCAAGCACCGUUCAACAAUGAGCGUAUCAACGAGACAGCGCUCGAGUUUCCGCUUUGCGCACGAGACGAGCGUCCCGCAGCCGUCACGCUCGACGAGGAGGCUGCAAAUUCAUGGACCUUUCCGGGUGCGUUGCACAUUCGGGAGUACCAGUUCAACAUUGUCCGCCGAGCGCUCACGCGCAAUACCCUGGUCUGCCUCCCAACAGGAUUGGGUAAGACCCUGAUCGCGGCCGUCGUGAUGCUGAACUACAUGCGCUGGUACCCUGACGGCAUCGUCGUUUUUGUAGCGCCAACAAGACCACUCGUUCACCAGCAAAUGAAGGCAUGCUAUCAGAGCGCAGGUAUUGCACCCCAGCUCACAGCUGAGUUGACGGGCCAUACGCGUUUGGCUGCCCGUCGAGCGCUCUGGCAUUCCCGCCGGGUCUUCUUCUCAACCCCGCAGGUGAUGUUGAACGAUGUCCUGCGACACAUCUGUCCCGUCCAGCGCAUUGUCUGCGUCGUCUUUGAUGAAGCGCACCGGGCAACUGGUCGAUACGCUUACUGUGGACUGGUCUCCGAAAUAGAACGGAGCACGGGGGGCUGUUUCCGCGUGCUUGCCCUGACGGCAACGCCAGGAAGCAGCGCGAACGCCAUCCAGCAGGUUAUCCACAACCUCCGAAUAGCACAUCUCGAGUUUCGGCAGGAAAGCGACCCGGACGUACUCCCGUACACGUACGAGCGCCAGGUGCGGGUAGAGCGAGUUCCUCUGGACGCGGCAAUCGCUCAAGUCCUCGGUGCUUUUCAGCGGAGCCUUGCGAGCACGCUACAGAAGCUCUGUGCACACGGUGCUUUUUAUCAGCGCAACCCGGAAAAAGUGCAACACUACCAGCUAGUCAUUGCACAGCGGCGUUGGAUUGAGGCUUCUCGACGACAACAGACAUCGAACGUCAAUGCCAGCAGAACACUUCCCGUGGCGCUCUUUCGUGACUUUGCGCACGCGCUCCUACUCAGUCGAUCAGUUGAGCUUUUGCGCUCUCAGGGACUAGGAACAUGUGUUCGGUACCUCGAGCAGGAACGCACCGCUCAAGCAAAAGGCAACCCGCGUUCUCCGAAUGAGCUCACCCGUCGAAGUGAGCUCCAGGAGCUCCACCUCCGAGUCAAACAGCUUCUCGAGCACGGUACGCGCCAUCCGAAGAUUGAACGAUGCAAGGAGCUCGUUGUCCAGCACUUUCUGCGGCACGGCUCGUCGGCGUCAACACGAGUAAUGAUUUUCGUCCAGUACCGCGAUGUCGUAGCAGAGCUGGAGGCAGCACUUUCCCAAGCGGCACCGACGGUUCGACCCGCCUCCUUCAUCGGCCAAGCAAACAGUGGUAUGACACAAGCCGACCAACAUCGUAUCAUGCGCUUAUUUCGACAGGGUGCGCUGAAUUGCCUGGUGAGCACCAGUAUCGGUGAAGAGGGCCUCGAUAUCGGGCACGUUGACCUCAUCAUCAGUUUCGACGCACUCGGAUCGCCGAUUCGCAUGCUGCAACGGAUGGGCAGGACUGCCAGGGCUCGUGCAGGCCAAGUCAUUGUCCUUGUUUCGGAGUCGGCGGAAUCACAGCGUUUCGAGGAGAUGAAUCGUCGAGCGAAUGGUAUCGCCGAAACGCUCCGCGAUAAGUAUAGCAAGUUUAAGUUUUUCAAGGAGUCACCGCUCAUGCUGCCGGCUGAAGGCCAGCCGAUUCGAUGCCAGGUGCUGCCGCUCACAGCGAUGCCCGCGCUAGAGUCGCAGUCCCAGGAGCCUGAACGUCCCCGAGGGGAAGCGGGUUCGACGCAAGCCCCGCCGCUGUCGCCACGACUCGAGCGUUUGCUGGUGCUCUGCGUCAACUCAAAUCGAUCUAUGGACUGGAUGAAACGCCGUCCGUUGCUGGCGCUGAGCGCAUCGCGGGAUACAUCGACUGAGGCGGCUCAGAUUGUCCUCAACGAAAGCAGGUCCAUCGAAGCGCAGUAUCGGGUACGCUGCACUUCAACCACGUCGAUGCUCUGGAUCCGACUUCACCGACUUGUGCAGCACUUCCUUACCGGAAUGCAGGCAUCAGAGGUACCAAUUUGCUUUGAACGGAGGCAGGGCAUCGUCGGGCCUGGCCGCUGCUGUACGGAUUGGAGACGCUCCCGCGAGCUCGCGCUCGACGUCCAGCCUGUUCCCUGCAGGGCGUCCGCGGAGCGCGCUCGGGCUCUGCUGGAGACAGGGCCUGCUGAGGCCGCUCGGGCGCCUUUGAGCGAUUUCCAGCUCACCUCGGAUGCGUCGCAAACGGGUCCCCCGCAUUCGGAGAGUGCUCAUGGAGAACCGAUCAUACCAAUGUGUUCAACGAGCGUCCGGAUCGACGCGACUGCAAGCGCUCCAGCCGCUGGUACAGGUGCUGUCGCCUCAGCCAGCGCAGUCUAUUCGUGUUCAGAAAGCGCUCGGUGCGAUGCACAUUCGGACCCCACAUUGGAUACAGCGCGUUAUGCAUCAUCGCCCUGGAAUGCACUUUUUCCUGAACCAUUGUCGACUCCAGCAGAUGCCUCUGAUCGCGUCGGUGCCCCGCGUGGCUCUCUGGACGCGGCCAGCAACACAUCGAGCACCUCUUCGGUGGUGGAGAUACCCACACCCCCGGAGCUGGUGUCGCGAGCACAGCAGGAGUGUCCAGCAGCGAUUCCAUCUUCAGAUUCAAGGUCAUCAUCAUCAUCAUCAUCUGCGUCGUAUUCACUGUGUAUUGCGGGGAGCUGUUCGCCGCACGGCACUCGGGGCGGUCACGAGUCGGUGCGGUCUACGCGAAGCAGCACACCUGCUUGCCGUAUUGAUGAAUUUAUCUCAAAUACGGGUUUGUGGCAUUCGUCGUCGGUUGCUGUUCAAUCAUUACAACGCGAAGCGAAUGCAACGUUUCGGCCGACUGAGCAUCCGGAUAUUCCGAGUGAUCACGGUGCAUUCAGUGAAGCGCUGCAAGGUGCUGCACACAAUGCUAACACUGGCAGCGUGGCGUGUCAUGUGUCAGCUGCGCGGGAAUGCGCUACUCCAGACGUGCCAGAGGAGGUCGCUUCUUCAGAUAUCUAUUGGGAUGAGGUACUCUACCGCACUGCCGCUCUCGCGGAAGAGACCAUUCAUGGCCAGUCAUGUAGAUGUCGAGCGUCACCGCAGCAACUGAACGCGCACUCGCCAAAAACGGCACAUUUAGGCUCACCUGCUCAUGCGAGCGUCCAGCAUCGUGGAGGCGGCACCCAGUCGGCAAGUCCCCAGACGUACGCCCAGCAUUGCCCCGGUUACCCCGGUGAGGCGGUGACUCCAGGGGCGCCACCGUCCUUCCUGGACGACAACGGUAGCCUGAACUCGGUCGGAGCACCAGCUCGGAUACCUACCAAGCGACAACGCGCUCACCUACGGCGAGCACAGGCGAGCGAUACGGGAACACCGGUGCAGUCGCCGAGCGGCGGCAGCCAGUGUGUCUGUACCCGUUCGAGUGCACGCUCGCACCGCGUUGCUGCGUUAGAGCACUCUCCGGCUAUUUUGACGCCAUUCUUGCACCACCGCGCCGCAAGAAGGCCACGGCUGGUCCGAAUCAGCGACGCUGCCAGUCAGGUUGCACAGGGCACUGCUCUGAGCGACGCGCUGCCUAGCGGUAGCGCCAGUCGCUGUCUUGAGGUUGCGGAGGCGUCGCCACGAAUAUCCGCGAGGCUCGGCUCGGUUGCGCAGCGUCCACGCGCGGCUGGUACCCGAAGCGCACCCAACAAAAGGAUCCGACGCAAGCGUCGGCGUGAACUCGUAGCCGCUUUCAUCGACGAUCAAGCGGAGGUCUCCAGUUCCGAAGGCAAUGCCUCCGUUGAUCCAGACGUUGCCGAAGCGCUUCGCGGCACCGACGGCGACUCCACUAGUCCUGAUACCGAUACGCCGGGCUCCCUGCGAGCAUUCCUCACGAGCCAGGCGACGAGCCAGUCCACCGGUGAACAACGUCGACAGCGGGCGAUGUACUGGCGCUCGUUGCGCUCGCCACAGCUCCACUCACCAUUAUCAGCACAAGUGGAGCACAGUUUGACGACAACGACAACGGAUCAUCGUGCCUCUAUCGUCCAGAGUGGAGCCUCUUCAGAAACCACAUCACGACACGGUAUGCUGGCCGGUCUGAAUGAGCCCAGCGAAGGCACUGCAACGGAGCCGGUUGCAUCGUCUCCAGACACACCGUGUUAUCGCUGUGGGCGGAGUCAGGACCCGGAGCGUACGCUCCUGUGUGACCGCUGCGACAUCGAGUGCCAUACGUAUUGCUGUGAUCCACCGUAUGCAUCUGUUCCCAGUGGAUCCUGGUACUGUCCCCGGUGUGAGGCGUAUCAGCGGAAUGUACGCAUCCUGGUACAUUCGCGCAACCUGAACCAUCCCCUACUGACCGCAGUUCGGGAGCAACUCGCGCGCUCGUAUCCAUUGUCGGGUCUGGUACCGUGUGCGGGCCUCGAAGCAGACUAUGUCGUGUCGCCGCGAGUUGCAGUGUUCUUUCUCGGACCCGAAAGUGGUCGCACACCGAAUAGAGAACAGUGGUUCGAGCGACUCGAACGAGCAGCUUCCCGUUACACGCGCAUCUUCGUGUGUUGGGUAUGGACGAGUCCAAUUCAGUUGAGUCCACGAGGUCUCCCGGCCGUGCUCAACACAAAUGCAACGCUCCUUCGCUGCAGCGGAAUCGCUCAGGCAGCGGAACGCAUCACUGACCUUGCGCUUCUCGAGCACAGAAGCGGUUACGGACUCGCCUGGGUUCCUUUGUCGUGGCCGGAUCGCUUUCAAAUGGCCUUAGGAUUUCUUCAAAAAGCCGCCGAUAUGUCCUUCCUACAUGCUAUGCUGCUUCUGCUUCGCCACGGCAACGGGAUGGACGCUCUACGGGACUGGUAUCGCCACGAGGGCGCAGCAAUGGCGACAACGUGA